AUGAAGGCAAACACUGCAUCCGUGCUCCUGUCCGGUCUGUUGGCUGUUGGCACCCAUGCUCUCCCAACGGUGGACACCACCUACCCGUACGCUGGCCCUGCCAUCCCCGUGGGCGACUGGGUUGACCCGACUGUCAACGGCAAUGGCAAAGGCUUCCCUCGUUUGAUGGAACCUCCUGCUGUCACUCCUUCCAGCAAGAACCCAACCAACAACAUCAACGUCAUUCAGCUGUCAUAUCUGCCCACCGGCAUCAACAUUCACUACCAAACACCUUUUGGUAUUGGCGAGACUCCCGUUGUCAGAUGGGGUACUUCUGCUUCCAACCUGAACAAUACCGCCAGCGGAUACUCUCGAACAUAUGAUCGAACUCCACCAUGCUCGCUUGUGGCCGUCACCCAAUGCAGCGAGUUCUUCCACGAUAUCUCGAUCACCGGACUGAAAUCUGGUGCCACUUACUACUAUCAGAUCCCCGCUGCCAAUGGUACCACGAUGUCCCCAGUAAUGAGCUUCAACACCGCCCUUGCUGCCGGUGACGAGACCUCCUUCGCCGUGGCUGUCCUCAAUGACAUGGGAUACACCAACGCCCAAGGCACCUUCCGACAGCUCACCGCCGCCGUCGAGGAUGGUGUCGCUUUCGCCUGGCACGGUGGUGAUCUCAGCUACGCCGACGACUGGUACUCCGGCAUCCUUCCCUGCGAGAGCGACUGGCCAGUCUGCUACAACGGCACUUCCUCCGAACUUCCUCCCGGAGACUACCCUGCCACAUACAACGACCCACUCCCAGCAGGCGAGACUGCCAACCAAGGUGGUCCCCUUGGUGGCGACAUGAGCGUGUUGUACGAAUCCAACUGGGAUCUCUGGCAGCAAUGGAUGGGCAACAUCACCAACAAGAUCCCCUACAUGGUCAUGCCCGGUAACCACGAAGCCGCCUGCGCCGAGUUCGACGGCCCCGGAAACGUACUGACCAGCUAUCUGGACAACGACGAGGUCAACACCACCAGCCCCACCACCAACCUGACGUACUACAGCUGCCCACCCUCGCAAAGAAACUUCACCACCUACCAACACCGCUUCUACAUGCCCGGCGCUGAGACCGGCGGCGUGGGCAACUUCUGGUAUUCCUUCGACUACGGCAUGGUCCACUUCGUCACCCUCGACGGCGAGACCGACUUCCCCAACAGCCCCGAGUACCCCUUCGAGGCCGACCUCACCGGCAACGAGACCCACCCGACCGAAGACCAAACCUACAUCACCGAUUCCGGUCCAUUCGGCGAGGUCGACGGUAGCUACAGCAAAGUCACAUCCUACCAGCAAUACAAAUGGCUAGUCCAGGACUUGGCCAAGGUCAACCGCACCAUCACCCCCUGGAUCGUCGCCAUGAGCCAUCGCCCAAUGUACUCGUCCGAAACAUCCAGCUACCAGAAAUACGUACGCAACGCAUUCGAAGGCCUACUGCUCGAAAACGGCGUCGACAUGUAUCUUGCCGGACACAUCCACUGGUACGAACGUCUCUGGCCUCUCGGCACCAACGGCACCAUCGACACCGCCUCCAUCGUCAACAACAACACGUACAAGACCAACCCAGGCAUAUCCAUGACGCACAUCAUCAACGGUAUGGCCGGCAACAUCGAGUCGCACUCGACGCUUGCCGCUAACAAGACGCUGAACAUCACCAACAUUCUCGACCAAGAGCACUACGGUUUCAGCCGGUUGACCGUGCUCAACUCGACAGCCCUGAAGUGGGACUUCAUUCGAGGUGAUGGUCCCAUUGGCGAUACUUUCACCUUGAUCAAGGGUUAG